GGCGGGCGGCAGGUGCUGGUUGUGGGAUACCACGGAUCGCGCCCCCCCCCUUUCCGCUUGCUCCCCCCGCCCGGGCGCUGCGGGGGCUCCGCCGGCCGGGACGCGCCCGCCCAGUUGCUGUACUGCGUUACAGUACCUACUUGACCAUCCUGGUACUCACAGGUGCUGAAAACUUGCUGGAAACAUGGGGUCUGAAAACCCAAGUCCACAGAACCCGGGCUGUAAGAUCAUGACCUUUCGUCCCACCCUAGAGCAAUUUCGGGACUUUGCGAAAUAUGUUGCCUACAUUGAAUCGCAAGGAGCUCACAGGGCAGGACUUGCCAAGGUGAUUCCUCCCAAGGAGUGGAAACCCCGAAGGAGCUAUGAUGACAUAGAUGACAUGGUUAUCCCAGCACCUAUUCAACAGGUGGUGACUGGACAGUCAGGGUUAUUCACCCAGUAUAACAUACAGAAGAAGCCCACAACUGUAGGAGAAUACCGGCGCCUAGCCAACAGUGAGAAGUAUUGUACUCCUCGCCACCAAGAUUUUGAAGACCUGGAACGCAAAUACUGGAAGAAUCUAACGUUUGUCUCGCCAAUUUAUGGGGCAGAUAUCAGUGGCUCGCUGUAUGAUGCAGAUGUGGAAGAGUGGAACAUCGGUAACCUGAACACCCUGUUGGACAUGGUGGAGCAUGAGUGUGGGAUUAUCAUUGAAGGCGUAAAUACCCCCUACCUCUAUUUUGGGAUGUGGAAGACAACCUUUGCGUGGCACACUGAGGACAUGGAUCUCUAUAGCAUCAACUACCUGCAUUUUGGGGAGCCCAAAUCCUGGUAUGCCAUACCCCCGGAGCAUGGCAAGCGGCUGGAGCGCCUGGCAAAAGGAUUUUUCCCAGGAAGCUCUCAGGGAUGCGACGCCUUUCUCCGUCACAAGAUGACCCUCAUUUCACCCUCCAUCUUGAAGAAAUAUGGCAUCCCGUUUGACCGGAUCACUCAAGAAGCUGGAGAAUUUAUGAUCACAUUUCCUUAUGGCUACCACGCUGGCUUCAAUCAUGGCUUCAACUGUGCAGAAUCCACCAAUUUUGCCACACUGAGGUGGAUCGACUAUGGGAAAAUGGCUACUCAGUGCACUUGCCGCAAAGACAUGGUGAAGAUUUCCAUGGACGUCUUUGUGAGGGUUCUGCAACCAGAACGUUACGACUUGUGGAAACAAGGGAAAGACAUCGCUGUCUUGGAUCACAUGAAACCCACGGCUCUGACCAGUCCAGAGCUAGACGCCUGGAAUGAGACAAAGUCUGAGCUGAAAUCUAAACUGCUCCGUAGGAUAGGAGAGGAAGAAGAGGACAGCAAGCACAAUUACCGGUCUCACAGGAAAAGAAGCCAACCCAGAAGGCAUAAAACGGAGGAUCAGAAGUCCCUCGGAGAAGUGAUGGCUAUCGAGACUGUCUUGGAUGAGGUGAAAGUAAAAGAGGAGCUGAAAAGAGGGCCAGACCUAGAUGAAGAGGAAAAAAGCAAAGCAACGGAAGGGGGAGAAGGAGACUGCAAGGUAAAGACCCGUCCCCCGAAAGUAAAAGGGGAGAGGAGGAAGAAGAAUCACCUCCAUCAGCACCACCAUCCUCACCAUCACCACCACCACCACCACCACCACCUGCAGCCACCCCCGCCUCCACUGCAGCAACAGCAGCCUCCACCACCGCCUCCACCUCCCCCUCCUCCACCGCCACAGCAGCCCGCAGAGGAAGAGACACCACCAGCACGGCCGCUGGUCCCCGUAGCAGCAGCAGCCACAGCCGAGAAGAGCUUACCCCCCGUGCCCCUCAACAUCAUCCAGCCCUCGGAAGUGCCAAACGAGGUAGAUGACUUUAAGCCCCGGCCCAUCAUUCCCAUGCUUUAUGUGGUUCCGCGGACCAAAAAGGUGGUGUUUGACAAAGAGCGCAUGUCCUGCCAGCAGGCCUUUGAGCAGUUCGCCACGCAGAAGGGCCUGGGUUGGCGGGAGCAGGCUGUUCCUGGAGAGCUUCCCGUGAAGGAAGAGGAGAGUGCAGAAGCUGAAAAUGCUGAGGUUGCCACAGAGGCCAGCGAUUUACAGAACCCCGGUGCCGUCUAUAAACAGACUGCUGCUGCUUUCUCAAAGAUGAAGAUGGAGAUAAAGAAAAGUCGCCGCCAUCCACUAGGCAAACCACCAACCCGUUCCCCUCUCUCGGUGGUUAAGCAGGAGGCAUCAAGUGAUGAGGAAACAUUUCCAUUUUCUGGGGAGGAAGAUGUGAGUGACCCAGAGGCUUUGAAGUCUUUACUUUCCCUCCAGUGGAAGAAUAAAGUACAUAAUUUCCCAGCUGAGAGAAAAUUCAAUGCAGCUGCUGCCCUGAGUGAGCCAUAUUGUGCAGUCUGUACACUCUUCUACCCAUAUAACCAGUCUUUGCAGGUGGAUAAAGAGGCUGUCCAGGUCUCUGUAGCAGAGAGCCCCUCCCUGCUCCAGCUUUCCAAGUGUGGCCAGAAGACCAAGCCUCUGAUUCCUGAGAUGUGCUUUACUUCAAGUGGUGAAAACACAGAACCCCUUCCUUCAAACUCCUACAUUGGUGAAGAUGGAACCAGCCUCUUAAUAUCCUGUGCCAAGUGCUGCCUGCAGGUCCAUGCUAGCUGUUAUGGAAUACGUCCAGAUCUGGUGAAUGAAAGUUGGUCUUGUUCACGGUGCUCAGCCAAUGCAUGGGCAGCGGAUUGCUGUCUAUGUAAUCUCAGGGGUGGAGCUCUUCAGAUGACGACUGAUGGACGGUGGGUCCAUAUAAUCUGCGCUAUCGCUGUCCCAGAGGCCCAUUUUCUCAAUGUAAUAGAACGCCAUCCUGUGGACAUCAGUGCUAUUCCAGAGCAGAGGUGGAAACUGAAAUGCAUAUACUGUCGGGAGCGGAUGAAGAAGGUGUCGGGUGCUUGCAUUCAGUGCUCCUACGAGCACUGUUCCACUUCCUUUCACGUGACCUGCGCCCAUGCCGCAGGGGUACCCAUGGAGCCAGAUGAUUGGCCCUACGUUGUGUCCAUCACUUGCUUCAAACACAAAGCAGCCAACCACAAUAUCCAGUUUCGGAGGGAGAUAUCGUUGGGUCAGACAGUAAUCACAAAGAACCGGAACGGACUUUACUACAGGUGUAAAGUGAUUGGCAUGACAACACAGACCUUCUACGAGGUCAACUUUGAUGACGGCUCCUACAGUGACAAUGUGUAUCCAGAAAGCAUUACAAGCAGAGACUGCGUCCAAAUGGGACCCCCUCCAGAGGGUGAGAUGGUUCAGCUACAGUGGACUGAUGGAAUAGUCUGUAAGGCCAAGUUCAUCGCAGCCCAGAUCAGUCAGAUAUAUCAGGUGGAGUUUGAAGAUGGCUCCCAGCUGAUGGUAAAACGUGGUGAUAUUUACACCUUGGAGGAAGAGCUUCCCAAGAGAGUGAAAUCCCGCUUGUCUCUCAGCACUGGGGCUCCACAGGAAGAGAUGUUUUCAGGAGAUGAAGUGAAGGCAGCCAAGCGCCCCCGGGUCGUCAAUUCCAGGAAUCCCGAGGACUAUGGACAGAACCCAGAUUACCUGGCCUUCAUGGAGACCCUGUUGCAGACGCAAUACCAGCCAGGAACUCAGAGCAACAUGUUUUAAUUAAAAGAAAAGAAAAAGGAAAAGAAAAAACCCUUUUCAACCUUACGGAAAAAUAAUCAGGAAACUGUGGAACAAAAGGCCAGCCCCGUGCAAUAGCCUGCUGUGAAUUCCUCUCAUUUGCUCUUGGUUGGGACUACAAGACGAUCGUGUCUGGCUACAGGCUACCUCUACUCUGCUAGACACAUUGCUGACCAAUAAAUAGGGAGCUCGAAACUCCGUCGGACAGCAUUUCACGUGGAGACUCCGGAUGUGUGCGCUCGUGGAGCUUAACGCCGGGCUCCUCUUUUUUUUUUUUUUUUUUUUUAAGGGUUGGAAGGGGUUAACAUUGCAAGAUGAAAUGACUCAGAUUUUUAAACCAUGUCAAACUCUUUUUGUCUUUGAAAGGUGCUAUUUCACUGACUACUGAAGCAGCCUUUGGAAUUGUGAUUUCUGUACAUAUGAAUCACCUUUGUGACGUUUUCUAUAAAUGAGCAUUAUUAAAAAAAAAAGAAAAAAAAAAAAGAAAAACAAAUGCAAACAAAAACAAAUAAAAAGAAUAAAUAGGGAGAUGACAAUUUCUGCAGAUCACUUUUCUAGACGGUGGCUUUAAAACAGGAGAGAAAAAAAAAAGUCAUUUUCUUUUCCCUUCCCCCUGCGACAGAAUUGUGGUAAAUGGCAAUGGGGAGAGUGAAUAAGAGCAGGCAUCCUGGGAAGCUUUUCUUUUUCUUUUCUUUUCUUUUGUUUCAAAAACCGUUCUGUUUUGUCAUUUUGGAGGAGUGGGGAAAGAAAUGUCUCAUAGCUGGAAUGUUUUGGCAGCAUGUUGCUACGGAUAGAUGAUGGAUGUGUGCAUUUCUGCCCUGUCUUUGGGAAGGGGCAACUAGCGGGGCAUUGGGUUUUUACCCCCACGCUGCUUUUGUUGCGUCUCUCUCAUUUCCUUCCCCCCCCCCCGUUGCAGGCACAGUUACUCUCCAGCCUCCAAUGCGCAUGGCUUGUGGCUCAUGCCUUCACCGAGCUGGCAGGUGUUGUGUUGCUCCAUGUGUUUGGUCCUUUGGGAACCACCCCCUUGCCCCAGCACAGACUGGGCUGCAUGGGGGUUGUUCUGGCUCCUGGGGGGGUCUGGGUAUCCGCAGACCCCCAGAGGAGCCGUGUUUUCUUUUCUUCCUCCUCUGUUUUUGAGCUGUGCUGCUUACCAGUGCGAGAACCAUUCCUUGACAGAAGCCUUGGAGGUGCGUGUGUGUGUGUGUAUAUAUAUAUUUUUUUCCCAUUAAAGAAGAAAUUCCCCAAACACCUUUGAUUGUUGUGACAUCUUUUACCUAGAUAAGAAGUGAGCCUUUGAGAUGCUCCUGGGGAAGCGGAUUGAGAGCCUGGCACUUGUUCGGGCUCAGUUCGUUAAGUAUUAAAUGAGUAUUAAAGAUGGAAACAAAUCUUAAAAUAUUGAGUGGGCAGCACCCACUCAAGCGCUUUGAUCGCCUCCUGUAGAGCUGUACAGUAUUGUGCAAAGGACCCGAUGCAAAGCCCCCUGAAGCCGGUGGAAUAGCUCUCAUUGACUUCCGCAGGGUUUGCAUCUGGUUUGAAGUAAAGAAAAAAUGUAGGCUUAGUGUGGAACGGCAAGGAAGGUGAGGCUUCUGGAGCAUGGGGGCCGGGGGGAGCACGGUACUUGUAUGGCACCCUUCAAACCCACCCACCUGAAUGCCGUGGCUUGUCAGGAGCCACUGCAAGACGGCAGAGCUAUCCAGGAGAUGUGUCCUCAGCAACCUUUUCCACUCGCAUCCCAAAAAAUAAUGCACGGGGGAAGAACCACGUUUUCUCAUGGAGCCCCUUUGCAACGUGGACAGUGUGUUUUGGGGUUUUUUUUUUUUGUGAUUUGUAAAGUGGCUGUAUAUUCAGAAAGCUAUUUAGGAGAGGAAGGGAAGAUGUGGGAAUAAUUUGGGACUAACAGAUGGUAGAUUAGCAUUUUAAGAGACUAGAUGGAUGUUCAAAUGUCUCCGAGAGAAUGGAAAAAGUCCCUCCUCCUCUGGGGGAACUGGAUUUCCUUUCACUUCUUGCUGCCUCGAGAACCUUUUUUUUUUGCUUUUUUCUUUUCUUUGAUGUAUUUUAUUUAAAGAAAGAAAGAAAGAAAAGACCGUUUGAAGUCCUUUAGGUUGUUUUAAGUUUUCAAUUUCUCCAAAAAAAUCUUGUCUCAAAAAAAACAAAAAAAAAAAAAAAAGGAAAUGGCCUGAGGUCGAUUUUAUAAAAUAUUAAAAAAAAAACCAGGAAAAAAAAGAUGGCGAGUAUCUUAAAAGCCUCGGUUCGUACAUCGUUUUGGUGGGAAGAAGAAGAAUUAGAACCUAGAGCCCCUUUCCUUUAUUUGCUGCUGCACCUCUAUAGCAAUUACUCUACACAGCUGUCUCUUGUUGGCUGGGUAAUGAUUUAAGGGAUAAUUUGCUUGUAUAAAAGAAAAAAAGAAAAAAGGAUGUUUUAAUGGUGGCGAGGCCACAGAGAAAUAUUUAAAACAACUGAAAGAGAAUUUAAACAGCAGAGGAUUCAUUUUUGGACUGGGCUUGGGGUGGGGGGAUCGGGUGGCUGUGAGCAAUAGGGGGGAGGGGGGAAAUUGCCUCUGCAUGUUAAGGUCCUGACUGAAAUAGCACCAUUACUGUAUUCAUAUGUAGUACCUUUUUAAAUACUAUUUAUAUUGUAAAAACGCAAAAAGUGUGUUUCCCUGUCCCCAUAUUCAGAUGCUGAGUUAUGUUUAACGUGAAUCUGGAAAUGUAGAAUGCCCUUCCUUGUUGCUGGGAUUUUCCUUUUUGUUUUAUUUUGGAGUCCUCUUUUUUUUUCCCCCCUUUUUUUCUCUUUUUUUUUUUUCCAUUUUGGUUUAGAAACGAUUUGUGCAGAUUAACUAUGAUGACCAUGUUGAAGGCCGCGGUGCAUCAGCCUAUGAAAAGGAAAUAGGAAAUGCAUAUUUUCCUUCCCCCUCCUUUCCCCAUUCCCAGUGAAAUAUAUUUGUAAGUGUCUGAUUAUGUGCUAUAAAAUAUUGAUUUUUUUUUUUCCUCUUAGAUUAAGGAUGUGAUGUAUUUUUUGCAUAUUUUUUUUUUCUCUGCCUCUAGGUUCAUAAUGAAUUAAAGGCUGUUGAGCACUUCGGAAUUACAA